AUGAAUGGGCGGAAGAAGAAUCCCAAGAUUGCUGUGCCUGUGCAGAACUGCUACAAAGUGACUAAUGGGGCCUUUACUGGGGAGAUCAGCCCUGGCAAAAUCAAAGACUGCAGAGCCAGAUGGGUGGUCCUGGGGCACUCAGAGAGAAGGCAUGUCUUUGGGGAGUCAGAUGAACAGAUUGGGCAGAAAGUGGCCCAUGCUCUGGCAGAGUUACUUGGAGUAAUCACCUGCAUUGGGAAGAAGCUAGAUGCAAGGGAAGCUGGCAUCACCAAGAAGGUUGUUUUCGAGCAGACAAAGGUCAUCGCAGAUAAGGUGAAGGACUGGAGCAAGGUCAUCCUGGCUUAUGAGCCUGUGUGGGACAUUGGUACUGGCAAAACUGCAACACCCCAAAAGGCCCAGGAAGUACAAAAGAAGCUCCAAGGAUGUCUUAAAUCCAACAUCUCUGAUGUGGUUCAGAGCACCCGUAUCACUUAUGGAGGCUCUGUGACCAGGGUAACUUGCAAGGAGCUGGCUAGCCAGCCUGACGUGGAUGGCUUCCUCCUGGGUGGUGCUUCCCUCAAGCCUGAAUUCGUGGAUAUCAAUGCCAAACAAUGA